AUGGCAAAAGGCCUCACAACCACCACAAUCCUAUCCUCCAUCCUCUCUAUACCCAGAGAAUCCCCCAUCGUCCCCACCAGCCAAAGACCACAAUCACCCACCAACUACAACCAAAGUGGCUGGUCAUCGCCCGACUCAUGGCUUACAAAACUCUUCAGAGGUGACCCACUGACGAUAUUGUUCGCACUGCUGGUCACUCUGGCACUCCCUGUGCUGAACCAUCUCUAUUUCUAUACACAGAGUUCUAGGAGCCGCAAAGACGGGCAAAGUGGGGAUGGCAUACCGACGUUCUUGUUGCUGGGGCCAAGUGGAGGUGGGAAAACGGCUCUGGUGACGGUGCUGCAAAUGAGGGGUAAUGUUGCGAAAUCUGAGGCAAAGGAAGCGGACGAGGAAGUCGAUGAGGAAGAAGACAGGUCGAGGUCUACCGUAAAUGGACACAGUCGUGACGCCUUAUCACCUACAAGACUAAGUCAGAUCGCGAGCACAACGCGUAUGAGGUUAUUAACUGGGACGCCUCUAGGAAGCAACAGGUACAGAUCGGAGAAUGACUACGAGGUCACCGCGUCGAAGAAAGAGGGCGCUGUUUACAAAAUUAUCGAUACUCCUGGUCAUGGCAAGUUGAGGUCGGAGCAGGCGAUAUCCUACAUCAACAAAACAGGUAUCGGGUUGAAGGGAGUGAUCUUCAUGCUUGACAGCAGUGCCAUGGACACUAGUGCUGCAGAUGACGGAGAGAUGGCUAAGGAUACCGUCAGCUAUCUACAUGAUGUGUUACUGAACCUGCAGAGGAGGCCGAAACUAGUCAAGAAAGCCAGGGCAGAAGAUGUGAGGGUACUGGUUAUUUGCAACAAACAGGAUCUAUUCACGAGUCUGCCACCUACUGCCAUCAAGUCAAGGCUAGAAAUGGAGCUAGAAAGAGUCAAGGCGAGCAAGAAGCGUGGUAUAAGUGCUGUUGACGCCAAGGAGGAUGCAGAUGAGAAUGAAGACGAGACUGUUCUAGGCGGAGGUGGGGAGCAAAAGUUCACCUUCAAAAUGCUAGACGAUGAAUUCGGCGUUACUGUUGAAAUUGUGGGUGGUUUCGUCAAGGACGAAGAGGAGAAUAAUGACGUGAAAAGGUGGGAAGAAUGGAUUGGUGCCUGCUUGUAG